GGCGCGACUGGCUCUAUAACUUUGCCAUCAACAUGUCCAAGGUAUUUAAGAAGACCAGCGGCAAUGGACAUAUUACACUGUACUUGGGGAAGAGAGACUUUGUGGACCAUGUGGAUGCAGUGGAAGUAGUUGAUGGUGUUGUUAAAGUGGACCCUUCUGGUCUUAAUGGCAGAAAAGUAUUUGUCUACCUUGCUUGUGCCUUCCGCUAUGGCAACGAUGAGUUGGACGUUAUUGGGCUGUCCUUCAGGAGAGACAUAUGGAUCCAGCGCAUCCAGGUGUAUCCACCAACAGGUGAAAAUGCAACCAUAUCACCACUGCAAGAAUCCCUCCUGAAGAAAACUGGAGACCAAGGAUAUCCUUUUUCCUUCCAGAUGCCAACAGAUCUCCCAUGCUCAGUCUCCUUACAGCCUGGGCCAAAUGAUUCUGGCAAGGCUUGUGGUGUGGACUUUGAGGUUAAAGGAUACAUUGCCAACACACCCAUCAGUGCAGAUGAAGUCAUUGAAAAGAAGGACACAUGUCGUCUGAUGAUUCGCAAAAUACAAUUUGCACCAGCUAACAACAAGGCUGGGCCCAAGGCAGAUAUAACCAGGCAGUUUUUGAUGACUGACAAACCUGUUCACUUGGAGGCCUCCCUUGAAAAAGAGAUUUAUUACCACGGAGAUCCAAUCAGUGUCAUGGUAAAAAUCAACAACGAAACCACCAAGAUUGUUAAGAAAAUCAAAGUCUCAGUUGAGCAGAGAACAAAUGUGGUGCUCUACUCAUCUGACUGUUACGUUAAGGUAGUCUGCUCUAAGGAGUUUGGGGAGACAGUAAACGCCAACUCUACAUUUGAGAAGUCCUUCCAAAUAACCCCCCUGCUGUCCAACAACAAAGAAAAGCGGGGUCUUUCACUGGAUGGACAGCUAAAAGAUGAGGACACACACCUAGCAUCCACUACCCUGAGUAAAGGAGGAAAGGAGAUGCAGGGAAUACUUGUCUCCUAUCAAGUUAAGGUUAAUUUAAUGAUUUCCAGUGGAGGCCUGCUAGGUGGCAUAAUGGGAAGUGAUGUCAAUGUGGAGCUUCCUCUGACUCUGAUGUCCCCAAAACCUGCAGGACAGACAUCUCAAUUGAUUCCAUGGAAAGUUGAGACAACCAGUGAAGAUCACCUCUUGGACAAAGAAUACAGAACAAAAAGGAACUCAACAUGAAUGAAGAAAAGCCCAAAGUGUCACUAAUCACUUAUUUAUAUAUAUAUAUAUAUAUAUAUAUAUAUAUAUAUAUUUUACAUAAAUGUUUUUAUUUAUUUAUUGCUGAUCAUUGUCCCUUGUAUUGCACUAUGUAUGUUGAUCUGUACCUCUGAAAUAUAAAUACCUUACCUGUGGGUUUGUUGUGUGUAUGGACUGGGUAAGCUGCAAACAAAUUGCCCUUCUUGGGAUCAGUAAAGUUGUCCUAAUCUAAAUAUUAUGACUGAAUGAAUAUCUGGGGGAUGGGUAUCUCCCAAAAUACUGCUAUUUGUUCAUGACAGUAAUCAACCAGAGAAGUAAAUUAAAAGAUUGUCUCCUCAA